AAACGGGUUUAUUGCCAAGUACGUUACACAUAUAUAGAAUUUGUGUUGGUGAUUGACUCCUGACAAUAAACAUAGUGAACUUAUACCACAGUGGUAGAAAGUAUAUCAUUUUAUUUGUAUAACAAUUCAUUAUAUACUAUGACUACAGCUCAAAAUGCUUGAAACUAAAAGUAAGACUAAGAUGAAAUAAAGUGGAUUUAUGUAAGAUAAUUCAUUCUUUGACUAUAGCGCAAAUUGCUUGGAACAAAAGUAAGACUUAAGUUUGAAUAACGAUACAGUAGAUGGAUAAAAAAAAUGAGAAUUUAAAAUACAUGAAAAAGCAGGGUAAAAAAUAAUUUGAGAGAUAAGAGAGGGGCCUUUAAAAGAAGACACUGUUCUGUUGUAGCAUACUUUAGUUUAUGUUGAAGAUAAUUCCAGAAAGUAGGACCACAAUGACGAAAGGUGCAAUAACUAGUCCAGUGUGCAAUCUAGAAACAUGUACAACAUGUAGAGCUGAGGAUUUAACAUUAAAAGUAAAAGUACACGACAUUGUCGUGGGAGCAACUUAUCUGUAGUAUUUUUAUUCAACUUUAUUUCCAGGCAAAAAAAACAAUUCAUAAAAUUCCAUAUAAAAACAAAUACAACAAAAACAUAAAUAAAUACAAUACAAUACGAGGACACCAAGACGCAGGUAUAAUCAUUGCAGUUCAAAAGUCACUUAAAAAGCAUAGACAUUUGUUAAAAAAUCGUCAACACAGCAUGGAAGGUGGGAGCAUUACGAGUCACAAACAUAUUACUGACACUUGUCCAUCUUGGAAGCUUGAGCAAAGAUUCUAAAAGCAUCAUUAAAUGCCACCUGAAUCUUCUGAAUUUGUAUUUAUCUUUUUGCGUUUCUGAUUCGCCUCCUUGCCUUGUGAGCCAAAGGUUGUCCCUGCAGUUCCGCCUCAGGCCUCCAGGGGGCAGCACAACCACAGACCAGGGACACCGCACCAAAAGGAAGCAAAUCGAAACUCCUCAAUGAGUUCAACCUUCAGAUAAAUAGUUUGUCCGUUCUUCGCUGAAGACCUGUUUUAUAAUCGUCGUGGCAACAUGAACGGUUCGCUGCACUCCUCGCCCAACGUGGUGGACAUAAAACUGAAGCGAGGCUCUUCAGGUUUGGGGUUUAAUAUAGUUGGGGGUGUGGACCAGCAGUAUGUGAUGAACGACAACGGCAUAUACGUGAGCAAAAUCAAAGAAGAUGGAGCUGCAGCAUUGGACGGAAGACUCCAAGAGGGGGACAAGAUCCUGGCGAUCAACGGAGUGCAGCUUGAGGAUCUGAUGCACCGAGCUACAGUGGAUCUGUUCAGGACAGCGGGGGAGGACGUGGAGCUCCGUGUUCUGAAGAAGUUGCCUAAUGAUGUCAACGGACCUACAGGCUCACAACCCGAGUCCAAAUCUUCGGUGUCUACUCUGGAAAUACUGGUCGCUUUAGCCGGAGUUGCAGCUUUCGGUGCAUUUAUUUACAUGCGGCUCCACAGGAAGCACUUUUAACGAAGCCAACGUCUGUUUUAAGAUCAAAAACUUUGCUAAAGGCCAAAGAAAAGAAAAGGGGGAUGAAACUCUAAACAGUUGACGCUAUUAUUAUUUUUUUAUUUUUUUUUUUACUAUUUUUUUUUUUUUUAUUAGUAGGUGCAGGUGUCACUGAUGAGUCUCUCCAUGUUCAUGUGUAUAAUGUGAUUAAUGGGAGCUUCUUGACACCCUUCCUAUGCAAAAGGAUGCCCUCUUACCACAGAGGUUACCUUUUAAUAGAUACCUUUGUGAGCGUCGGGAGGAGCAGACGGUUGUAUAUUCCUGCUGCUGGGCUGAGCCCGGGCAGAAACAAACGUACGCAGAAUACUAUUAAAUCCUUGCGUUCAGUCAGACUAGCUCAAGCUUCAGGGUCCAUGAGCACACUUAAAGACGGUGUUGUGUUCAGUCACUCGCAGGCCUCUGUGCAGAUCUGUCUGAGGAACCCACUGUACCUUCAGUUCCUCCGUGUUUUUAAAAAAUGAAUGCGACCGGGUUUGCAUUUUGCAUCAUUUUGCACCCUGUUGCACAGAAUCAUGGGAGGAGUGGCAAACUUGCUUGUAGUUAACGUGAUGAAUUGACUUUCGGAGUGCUUGGUUCUUGUUGCUCCUUAUGAUGAGCAAAAUGAAAAUCAACCCAUUACAUUAAAUUAAAGGAUGUUGCUGGCAAUAAUCUGUAUUUUCUUAUUGUCAACAAAUACCAUUACAAAGCCCCAAACCAACAGUGAGUUACUCCGUUCAAUACUUUACGACUUCCUCUCCCUGUUUGUUGCCACAAACCCAUUAGUUCAACACAUGAACCUUAAAAAACACAUCACAAAUAUGUAGUUUCUCUUUGAAAAAUGGCUCUCUGGGCUCCUCAAACACCUGGGCACUGUAGUUUUUUAGCAUGCAUUACUCAAAAAGAAGGAAAUAGUGCAUUUGUUGGGGACUAUUUACAGCUGCGGAUUAAUACAUGCCUGGUGCUUUAGUGAGUGUUUUGGUGCAGCAGGGCGGUGUAAGUGUGACCGAGUUGUAAUGAAGAAACAUGUCACCCAGUGCAACAGUGUGGCUCAGUGAUGUGUUUUUAAUAUAUCAGACGAUGCUUCUGACUUUGUUGGUUUGGGUCUUUAAAUGGGAUUCGCUGGCGCUUAGAAAAACAUCAGAUUUAUCCUUAAAAGCAAAAUACGCUUGUUUAAAGUAUCACCAAGUCAUCACACGGUCACUCAGGGUGAACCAUUAAAUCUAUAUCUUAAAAACAAAUCAUUCCUUAGUUAAAUGUCGUGUGGUGAGCAGCUCCUUUCCGAUCGCUCAGUCACCGCUGAAGAAGUCUUUGUUGUGUGUCACAGUCAUUUUAGACGUUCUUCGUAAUUCUGCAUUGAGGUCAGUGCUAACAGUCACAUCGCACCUUCUGCUGUGGGAUUGAUGAGGUCUGGAGUAUAAUUUAGUUAAUUUGUGUGAAGGAUCAACAGCUUUAUACUGAAAAUCCAUUUCAGCCAGUUCAAUGUAAAGGAAAGUUUUCUUUAAAGAAAUGAGUUGCUCUCAACAAUGUUUUUUUUGGUUUUUUUUGCACUAGCCACAAUCAUGGAACUCCUAACUUCCGUAGAACCGAUGAAUGAGUGAAUUGUGCUGCUCGGUGUCUUUGUCCACAUUUGUCAGUCUGUCUCUCACGCGAUCGUCUCUGACUAUGUGGCUCUCGUUGUCUGUAAAUACAUUUCAUGUUGCUCUGCUGAAUAGGAUUGUGAAUAUGUGCAGGAUGCCAGACAACGCAGAUCAGAGGCACUAAU